AUGGGAACGGUUCAAGUGCGAGGAGCCGGAAACGACGACUCCCCGGCUUGUUUGCUUGACCCUGGCUCCGGCUUCGUAGAAAGGUCCGGUGGUCUAAUUAAUUGCCGGUGCGUGCGAGUCCUCACCGUGCACGAAGAGUGGCCCCCGGUAGAAGCUGAAGUGAUUGCCCGGGUUUCGGGCGCUGGGCCCUUAUACGCCCUUCGACGACAUGAAGCCCUUCACUUCCUGAGCUUUCCACACGGGUCCGCGGCGAAGCUGGGUAACCUGGGGUCGUCGUCAAGCGGCCUGGCUUCGGCCAACGCUGCGGCCAAUGGCGCGGCCAGCGGCGGCGGCGAAGAGUCGCUGCAGUGGUGCCACAACGGUACGCACUACCUGGACGGCCGCGGUACCAUCCCGCCUCCCGGGGGCGCCAUCGUUAAGCAGCCCUGGCGAACGGACGGCACAAACAGCCAGGCGAGCGCGGUGGUGUACGUGCUCGUGGUGCUCCUGCUGUACGCGCUCGCCCUCGCCGUGGUGCUGAUCAAGUACGUCCGCCGGGAGCGCUACGAGGCCCGGCUGUACCACCUGUGCGACGAGUUCAUGCGCCGCGACCGCUUCCUCCGCCUCUCCAAGCGACACUCGUCCAUCCGCUCGAACAACCCGGCCGCCCGAGGGGACAACAACGAACAGGACGAAGGGAAGGUUUAGCUCCGGCCUUCGGAUGGUGCCCGCCCGCCCCGCGACCUCCCUCGACACUCAGCCCCCUUGUCGCUCCCUCGACCGACGCAGUUCUCCGUUGAAACGUACCGCGCGCAGUCCAAUCCCAUCGUCGCGCGAUUCCGUAUAACUUUUUUUUUUUGCGGAAACCUAAACAGAACCUCUGCGGUUUCUGCGAUGCAGUUUUACGGAAAUAGUACGCGAAAUGUUCGAAAUUCACGGACUGCAAGCGGAAGCGUUUCAGUAAGGAGUUUGGGUUGACGUUUCGGUAACGCUCCUCAAGCAAUUUGAGGUAAUUACGGGAGAAAGAUUCCCUGGCGUAUUUGAGUGCUCAGAAUGAUGGUUAAAAUAUUUGUCUCAAGAACUGUCUUGGGCGCACAAUAUCCAAAUUUGGCUGCAGCGUCAUAUAACGUUUGACAACUAACGAACCAACUAAAAAAAAUUGCAAGGAACGUUAUUGAACUGCGCCGACGGGCGUAGGGAACUGGCGAAGCUCCAUUUUGUGGAAUUGAGGUCAGGUGCAGAGCGAAAGAACGUUAGGAAUAUGGUGGUAAAUGUGCGGGACAGCUCCUCAAGAGUAGGUCCACCGCAAUCUCGCGUGCCGGUUGUGAAGCGUAGGUCACGUGGCGGCCCGUUCUUCCGAGCGUCUUUAGCUGGCCGUUUUUCGGCUCCAACGAGAAAUAACGUUACAGUAUACGCCCAGCUCGUUUGCCUUGAAUGAAGUCUUUUCUUGUUGGCCGCUCUAGUGCUACUAUAUCACCACAAAAAAUUGGCUCAUGUGAAGCAGUCUAUCAGCUAAUGCAGACAAGCUUGAAAUAAUUUUUCACCAGAAAGUUGACCCAGUUUUGCUUCCUUCCGUCGCACUACUCAGCGUGCUUCUGUAUCUACCUGUGGCAGUUACCAGCUGAGGGCAGGCGUGACAUAGCAUUUCUUUAUCUUUCUUCGCUCACGCGAACUGUCACGGCAACAAGAAGCCCCACGAACAAAUUACUUUACUGCAUGCCUUUAUUUGACAAUGUUUCUGUGGGUUGAGUAAUUUUUAUGUGGGGAUUAACGUCCUCAGAUGGAGAUAAAGAAGGAUAUUGCGGGGCUAGAAUAAACUGAAAAAUAGUUGGUUGCCUACGGAACUUGUCUCAGGAAGAUAAGUCCGAAUCGAAUCCCUUUUGCGCCUCAGUAAACUUCAGAUGCCAGGCUUAUGAUGAAACUUCAGAUAAUUAGCAUCAGGAAUUAAGGACCGAGAAGACGGAGUUUGAAGGCUUUUCUGUGUGUCGUUGCUAGCAGCAGGAAACUAUGACCAUAAAUAGUUCGUGCGACCAGCGGUAACUUAAACGAGGCGGAUGCUCAAUGCAAGAUGAAUACUUGAAAUGAUUGACAGUGGUAGAAGAGAUGUCUCUUGCGUCAGAGAUAUCCAUUGUUGCAGAAACAUUCCUUGUUCGACCACUCUUAAGCGUUAACGCAGCAGCUUCAAAGUGGACUUUGUAAUUUCUUUCGUGUCCUCCUCAGACGCAUGUACAACAACAGUUGGGAUUAUGAGACUCACUUGUUUUGUAACGAGCCAGCCUAACGCGUUGAGUACAUUGCAAAGACAGAAGGAAAGGGUGUAUAGAAAGGCAGCUGGGUUAACCAGAUAUAUUUCUGGUUGUCUACUCGGCAAGGGGAAGAAAAGAAAAAGAGAAAGGCGAUCGCGAACAAAGCAAAGAGCCUACACUACCCAGUGGUAGCAGGCGGCAUUAAUAAAGUACUUCCUUGGUGCUUUCCAGUGGUAUGAACACGAUAUAGCCGCUGACGUUCUCCACAAUAAUAAGUAAAAAAAUAAAAUACGUUACCAUUACGCGAGAUGCGGUUGACCUAAAGCUGUCCCGGCUGUCAUUCUGUACGCUCUCAAACUCCAUCAUAUUGUCGAAUUUGCCACCUUGUCAACUCUGAUUGGUUAACAAGACGGCUGCGCCGUCUCUGAUUGACUCAAAAUUUAAAGGUGGCGGAAUGCUGUCCAGCAUAGCACACCAGGCCCGACCUCCCCUAAGCCCUCAAGCGUUCCUCCUCCUCGCCCACCUACUUUCACAGAUUACGCGGUCGUGACGUGUGACGUCGCAGAGGAUGACGCCUGUACAGCGGAACGACUCGUGGCGCCUGCUGAAAGGCCAUGGAAGAAGGAUCACGUGAACAAGCCUUCCCAGUGGUUUCGAACCCCGCAGGGUUUCGUACAAGCACUUUUCUGAGGCGAGCAUCAGUUAUAGAAACUGCCGGUGAGAAUGCACCACUAUACGAAAGAACGAGAGAACUAAACACGGUUCUGACGAACCGUGUUUACUAAACCGAUCUUUUUUUUUUUUUCGUGUGUUUGCGCCACCGUGCAGUCUCGAAGCCGACCCGACCACUGGCACCGCGUUGCAGCUCGUAAUGAACGCGGCUGUACAUUCACAGCCGAGUCACUCAGGAGAUCGACGGGCGUUCAGAUGUUCCUAUAACGCUCACGUCGCCCAGCGUUUCAUCCAGCGAUCCUUUCGUUAAAAUCUCGGAACAGCGUGUUUUGUUCGGACAGCGCCAUGCGUGCAUAGUGCCUAGCUUACAGGGGCCGUGAGUAAACGUGUCAUGACACGUUCGAACCGCAGCGUGCUCACCUGAGCAUAGAGCUUGGGUGCCCGCUCUACAGAUUCGUGGUGAGCUCGCGGUUUCUCUCCGGCGAUUCGAUCUGCUGUCGAUUGUCCUGCAACAGUGAAAGACUGCUUGCCUGAUGAAGAUGCCGGAACUGCCCUGCAGCCAUGCUUGUUAGGUGUGGCCGAAGAAGUGCUUACUGUCUGCACUGUGACUGCGCGGGCACGAAAGAAAAGCGGUAGUCAGUCGUGGAGCGUGUCGCUCAUUUUAUGUCACGCCAUUUAAUAUUUUACUGAUGUUGGCAUGCUGGACCGAGAUUUUAAGUGCUACGCUCACUUUCCUUUCGUACACUUGUUGUUGAAGCCCUCAGAACGCGGAGGACUUCUUAAUCUGGCAGUGACGAGUUCCAACGAGAAACUCGCCUAAACUCCGAUACUUGAGGAAUGCCUUCGUUGGCUUCCAAUUACACAAAAUCAAGUACGGUAUGCAGAGAUCGUGAUUUGAUUGGUAUAUUACGUAUACAUAAUUCAAAUUUUCACGGAGUCACAUAACUCACAGAGUCACAUUUUUUAUAGGGCGGACCGUUGUGCAUUUUUCGCUACAUCAACAGCGUAGAUUAGACCGGCUCAUUUCGCAAUGCACGAUGCGUAGUCUGCCUGAUGACAGUUCCUUUACUGGCGUUCUUUGUCGACAAUGAAGCGCAGCGCAUUGCUUCUGCCUUACGUCCAAACACAACGCUGCUUUGAACCGCUUUUACUCUAACGCACUCUUAGUAAUGGGAGGCAUAAUCCUUCGCAUCUCCGGUGCCGAAACUUCCGAGCAACUAUGUCAUCUCACAGUCGUCAUCUCACAGUCGCCAAACAAAGUGGGGCAUCACUUUCCGCCAACGACAUACACUGGGCUGUUGCAGCUAGGCUUAUAUACGUCUCCCCGUCUCUCGAGUUGACCGCGCGGAGGCCAUGGGAGACGGCACAAGGACAGUGGCGAAGUAAACAGGAGGGCGACGACUGUGUGCCGAAAUCGCUCCCGGGAGACCUCUUUUCGCGUCAGCCGUCAUCUGCGGCACGGAUAUUUCGGGUUGUGCCUCACAGCGGACACUCGCGUUUGUACACAGACACACCCCGAACGUCUAGUUCCGUGCAGGGUAUGCUGGCAGGAGAGUCAGCUUUCGUACUUCGGCGAUGUGGAGCGUGUCCAGGAUUGUUAGGUUUGCGCGCAAUGGAUUCAUUGCUCUUUUUGCGUAUUUCUUGUGUGUGUUUUUUUAGUGAUAAUUAGAAGAGCGCUCAAGCUUGUAACUUAACGCUUAUUAGAAACCAAGGGCUAAAAAAGUAGAUAUAGCAAACCCUUGUAACAAAGUCAUCGAAACGGAAACUUGACAGUUGACUUCGUUAUAAGCAGUAGUUUUCUUUUUCUUUCUUUGGUUAAAAUGCCACAGUUUCUCCCGAAAGGAGAAGCAUCCAUUGUGAUAGCAAAUUAGUGGCCAUUGAUACAAAGUAAGGUUAGUAGUUUUAUCGGCCGUGUAAGCUUGUAAACAUAGGCACACUAACUUAAUUAAGAAGAAUGGAACAAGAAAACAGCUGUUCUAUGCGUAGCACUCGUGCUCUUAGCCUUCUCAAUGUAACUCAAGAAAAGCGAUACACAGUACGAUGAAGUGCGUGCGCAUUUCUUCUACGAUUUCAUACUCCGAAAACUUCUCGCAGUUUGGGGGGGGGGAGCGUAUUUUGUGUUGUUUAACGCUUCAGUGCAUGGCACAUUCAGCAGUGGGCCCAGUAACGCCUCUCAAUGGAAAGGCACACUUUCGAUAGUACUGCGCCGAUCUUCGUGGACGAAGCGUUGAUGGGAUGGGCGCGCCGAAUGCAACGGUCUAUUCCCACCGUCCCACUGACCGGACGCAGAAAUAAAAGGAAGCGCAUCGCGGAUAGGGGAAGCGGGCCGAUUGAUCGUUCACCGCGGACGGUGUCAGAGGAGCGUAGAAAAACGAAGGACUGGGGGAGCGGUAAGGGUGAUUCUGGCUUCGGGCGUGGUCUAUACGCACUAUCACAGAUUGUGAUGGAAGACAUCGUGAGUUGGCGCCCCGAUUUAUGACCGCAUGGGAAAGGAAAGAGAAAGAAAGAAAGAAAGAAAGAAAGGAAAAGGUGUAGACAACAUUCUGGUUCUUUACGACUCGCCUCUCGUCGGAUGCGAGGCACAGAACAGACGCGUACCUCGAGAGGGAAGUUGGCGACUUCGGUAGUUAUAUAUAAAAAAAGGAAAAGGCUAAAUUUAUAUUGCACCUUGUCAAACAGUGUGUGACAAAUUGCUGGCGAAUGUUUCAAGACAAUGAGCUCUCCAGUCUAAACAAAGACGCAGAGGGUGACAGAGAAUAUAGAAUGCGCGCUCUGUUACUAAAUGUCUGUGAGACAUCAUCGCAUGAAGCAUAGAAGUACUGCAUUCCGUGUUAUAAACUAUGUGAUAGUAUAGCGUUUGUUCUGUGCUUUCUGUCUUUGCGCAUGUAAUUGUUACGCUAGAAGAAUGCAUCCUCUAGAUGAUAGUGCAGCGUUUGUCCUGUGUUUUCGGUUUCUGUCGGCUUCUUUAAUUGUUACGCUUGAACAAUACGUUGUCUAAGCAUGAAACAACUAUUCGAGCUCGUUACCAUUACUGCAAAUACAUCGUCUGCUUGUUCUGUUAAGUAGAAAGUACAGCCUCCAGUACUUCUACAUUUUAUGCAACGUUGUUGUUUCAGAGAAAUUUAUGCGCACCAAAAUCUCAGUUCCCCAAAAGGCAGCAAGCUACACGCAUGCUUGUUUCAAAGGCUCGUGGGCUUCGUUAAGAAGCACAUACGUGUACGUUGUUCACGCUAUUAGAACAGCGUGGGUUUCAAACUAAGUUGUUCUCCGUUAUCUAGGUCGACGGAUUCGCCUUUGUUGUCGGUUCUUUUUCUUCUUUCCUGGAUGUUCUUUCAAUUAUCCUAGACUGAAUACUCCUGUGUUUUUCGCCUAUGUUGAACGACCAAACAUUCGCAGGAAUAAUAAGCUGGAACAUUUAGGAAUACCGCACGGAUGAGACACAGAAAACAAGCACCAAGCCAUCGUGUCAGAAGACAAACAUGGAAGAAAGAAAAAACAUUGUCACCCACCCGGCUGUUGCACAAACCUACAAAGCACGCUGCUACAAUCUGGCGGACGGUAAUUGGCCUUUGGCAGAAUCUUCCUUUAUCUUGCGGUCUUCCACAGAACUGAUUCGCCAAAUAAGUAAACUACAUGCAUCCGCUCAACUUAGCCACUGAGUUCCCAAUUUCUUCCUCUGUCCAGCACGUUCCAACCGCUUCCACAGCGUCUCCUUUAAUGUUGAUUAGAACAAAACAGCUCUGCAACCCGCUUGGCGCGUAUCCGUGACGCGACGAGAGUUAAUGAUUGCACAUUAAAUGUCUCAGCGCGCUGUGGUCUAGUUCCCACGACAGCACACCAAAUGUGUACGCAUAGUUAGGCAGGAGUGAUAGCUUAAACAUAGCGGAGACGUUUCGCACAUAGCAGGCGACUCUACGAAGGUUGGAUAUACUUGCUUCUCGCGAUUCGCUGCCAGAAAAUAGCCCGAGUAUGAAGGAGGAAUGUAGGUAUACGUGAUGCAAUUUGAAGUAAUGUGUAACGUCAUGCUUUUACGUCACAAAACAAGACGUAUUUCCUUCGUGAAAGUCAUUGUACAUUUGGACCUGUUUGCCACAGAAAAUUGCUUGCGAUCGAAGCUUAGUACGCCUCAUCCCGGAAGCACAAUAAUGCGCGACUCGGCGCAACUUUAGGUCCACGUGUUGUAGUUCUGAUAUGCGAAGUAGGGCGUCGCAGAAAUAGGGCGUCGCAGAUUAAAAAUAAGAAAGCAACCGCCACAUUGCGAAAUGCGCGGAGAAACGCUUCUACGACUCCACUAUCUACGUCGCUUCUGCAGCAUGUGAAACGCAGCAUAGUGCAGCCGCUUACCACGUGUUCGCCGGAAGACUCCUCCUGGCAAUAGGAGCGCUGACGGCAUCUUGCGGCACGUUCUGAUCAACCGUGUGGCACAAGUCCGGCCUCUUCGAAGGCGAAAGUGCAUGAAACGCAUUCUUCGUGAUUUUGUCCCUGCGCGCUCGUCUAGGUCGCCAGAUGAGCGUGAUGUACCGUGAAAGUGCGAUGAAGAUCCUUCUCGUUAGCUUGAACGCGGUCUCCCUAGAUGUCACCAAUAUCGCUCUAGCUUUGGCGUCUGCGUUGCGCGGUACUGCUAUGUACGCCCACUCUGGGAUGUCUCCGUCGUGCCGAAAUUGAAUCGCAGCUUGACGUGUGCGUCUUUCCCGUUCCCUGUUACCGUGGUCUUCGAUACGUAGACGAGAACGUCAGCGCUGGUGCUGACGCCCUGAGACUCUGCGUCAAACCAGAAUACGUUAGAAACGUCCAUUUGUGGCACAUAUAUUUUUGACACAAAAAAGAGGGAGAAGGCUGGGAACAUCUUCACGUCGGCAACGUCGCUACGACACAUUUACGGUAGCAGCGUGAGUGUGCGGUACAUUUUGCCGAUAGCGCAUAGUUUAAAGCAUAGUUACGAGGGGUCGCCACCAGCGUUGCUGUUUUCCGCGUUUUCUGCGGUACGAUGACACGGCUGACAUGCAACGGUAGUACCAAUAAAAUGAGCGCACUGACGUCAUCGUCGCCACCGUGAUUCUGAGCACGGUGACAGGCUGCGCGUGGUCUUGAUGGCCUUUCACCAACCGCGUUGUGGAAGUCAAGAAUAGACCAACAAAAUGGCGUCUCUUGCGUCCCGCGCUUGCUUCUACACGGCCGAAUAAACACUAUCGUGUGCAUGCCUGAGCUCCAGUAGCGGGACUCGUGACUGAGAAAGCUGCCUCGCUAUUCGCUUGCUUGCGCCGUGGUGCAGUGCCGUCACUAGACGACCCUCUUAACGACUUUUCGGACGGACAUUAUCCUUUUCUGGAUCUCGUGGACACACGUAAGGCUGGACUAACCCGUAGUGCUUGUUGUUGGAAAAUGUGUUCGUUGUGUUGUGUUCCAGCUGACUGACAGUGGCGCCUUCAUUUCGUGUCCUUGUCAUGCGCGUUCGCGCACAGUGUUUGUGAACUGUGUUCUUCCCUACGGGGGACUCUCGACACUGCGAAGCAAACCCUCUGUUUCCUUCCGCGCUUCAUUGACCUACGCAAGAAACGGCGUUGGGACCCAUGUGCUUGUUUCUCCGGUGUGCUUCUCUUUUUCUCCCUUGAGACUAACAGAGAUGUGGGACUAACCGCAAAUGAAGACGUGCUGUGAACACGCGCUCUCACGACUCUGCGUGUGAUUUCUUCUGCCGCAGCUGUUUCGAGAACUCGCCGCCAAGGGGCGCCAACGCCGUCUCAUCUUGUCCCCCCACCCCACGUUGUGCAGAACUCGUGCACGUAACAUUCUCGCUCUGUGUUUCUCUUCGCAUGUCUGUCUAACCUACCGCGAGUUUUUCUUUCGUAGCGGAUUCGACGCCGCGGCUGCUUGGCACAAGGCGAAGCUAAUAAAAGAUGGUUAUGCAACGAAUAAAGAGACAAGAAAAAAUGGCUA